UGUCAGUUCAUUCAUCAAUUGCAGAGAUAUACUAACAAUUAUAAAAAAAAUGAAUACGUAAUGUUCGUUUCCUGAAAAGGCCAAUAUCAAAUGCGAUUAAACGGAAUAUGGAAAUGGGUCUUCAACUUGUUUUGGAGCAUGGAAUGUUUAAUUAGUUAUACAAAGAGUAUCUAUUAAUUUGGACGUGUUAUUAAUUGACCUGGUAUAUUUGUUACGUCGAUGAUUAAGAUGGCGAGUUUUCUUGGAGAGAAAUGGAUGCAACUAAUCCGCACGGUCUGUUGAACCUCACAAAGACCGAGCCGUUUGGCUACAACUGGACUGAAACAACAAGCAACAGUAGCAGCAUGGAGAAUGUGACAGGGAUAUUUAGCUCGCCUGGGGAUUCCGCAGAUCCACCCGUCGCCCUGGGAACUAUCAUCAUUCUUAGCAUCUUAUUUAUCUUUAUCGGUGUCUUGGGAAUUGUGGGUAAUUCCUUGGUCAUCACGGUUAUUUUGAUCGACAGAAAAAUGAGACAAUCAGUGACAAAUGUUUUCAUUAUGAACUUGGCCAUUGCUGACUUGCUUAUUAUGAUUUCCUUCAUUCCUGACAUUAUCCAGUUUAUUCUCAAUCGAGGCUGGUUGCUCGGGGUUGGAAUGUGUAAAUUCAACAGAUACAUUCUAGUGACAUGCCUAUAUGUUUCUGUUCUUUCUCUCGUAUCUGUCUGCAUUGAAAGAUUUGUGGCAAUUGUGUUUCCCAUUAAGGCUCAAAUUCUGUGCAACCGGAGAAAAAACUUCAUAGUUGUGUCAUUGAUAUGGUAUGUGGGCUUCAUGUGCGCUUUGCCAACUGCCCUCUACAACCAAGUUAUUCUUGUCAAUCCUCUUCAGAACUUUUCGUUGUGUUUGACGUCAUUUCCGACCAUGCUCGGUCAGCAUGUUUACAAGUUUUCCGAAUUUGCCCUGUUUUACUUUAUUCCCGUCUGCAUUCAAAUAAUACUUUACGCGAUCAUAGGAAAACGUCUGUAUGUCAGCACAAGUGAACUUCACACCAAGUUUCAGAUGAGAAAAGACACAAACUGCAAAACGGAUCGAACAAGCGACACAAUAAAAGCCAGAAAGGGCGUGGUGAAAAUGCUGGUGGCAAGCGUAAUAGUGUACACAGGAUGCUACGCUCCUCCCCAAGUAUUGCUGUUUUACAAUGCUAUAUCCAACACGAGGUUUCAAGAGACAUGGGAAUUCGUAGCCAUUGUACACGUUAUCGCAUACAUAAACUCUGCCGCGAAUCCUAUUCUUUAUAGCAUAUUUAGCCAGAAUUUCAGGAAGAAUUUUAAGAAAUGUCUUAAAUGUAUUUGUUUAAAGAGCAAAGACAAAUAUCGUCGGGUUAUGUUUGAUUCCACGAUGGAGUCAUCUCGGAUGCUAUCGGGAAAAGGCAGUCAGAAGACCACGAUUUCUCGCUUAUAAUUUUUUUGAAUCAUCUGUAAUUUUAUAUUUUUACCGAUGGUGUUUUUCGUCCUGUUAUUAACGUAAACGUAUAACUUUUAUCUAGUUCUUGACCCAUUUGUUUAGAAAAUCUUGGCUAAAUUUUUCUUCAUUUUUGGCAUCGCCGACAUUACACCAAAGUGACAAAUCAUAGCUGUUUUCUAGCAUAUGACAUUUAUCAUUAGACGAACAAAAACAUUACAACCCCUCGCAUUCUAAAUGUACGUGUAUUGUUUUCAUGCAGUGUAUCAUGUUUUAUAAAUGAUUAUUCUUUUUGUUGUUUGUCCACCUCACCAAAGCACAUUUAUUCAAAAUCUUUGUUGUUGCCCUAUUUAUGUAAUAAAAUAAGUUGAAAUAAAAAUU